CAGAUUAUUGACGGCGAAAUCGUCCUCGAUGCUCGCUCUCUACAAGUCGAUCGACACGCGCGCGCGGCGCGAGAAGCUGGCGAGAUGGAGGAACACGAGGAAAACGAGUUCACUAAUCACACUACGUCGGCGACAUACCUCCGUCGCAAGAUGAAGGCUGGCCAGUGGUCCGACGAAGACACGGAAAAGUUCUACCACGCGCUGCGCAUGUUUGGCACUGACUUCGAGACCAUAUCCCGCAUGUUCCACGACAAGACGCGUAAGCAUGUCAAGCUCAAGUUCAACCGCGAGGAGAGAUCCAAUUCUGCCGCCAUCCGUGCUGCGCUCGUGGGCGAGAAGACAGUUGGGAUGAGCAUCGACGAGUACAAGCAGUACACGGGACAAGAGUAUGAGACGGCCGAGGCCAUCUACGCCCAGCAGAAGAAGGCUGAAGAGGAGUUCGAGGCUCGCCAAAAGGCCAUCGCUGAUGAGAAGGCCGAGGAGCUUCGCAAGAAGAAGGAGGCGCUCUUUGGCGCCCCCGAUGCCGACGAUGCCGGCACCGGUAGUAAGAAGGGCCGGAGAGGGCGUGGCAAAAGGGCCAAAUCCGGCGCUGUCGGU